ACCGUCCCUCCACCCCCCGCCCUGCUGGAGUACACUGAGAAUCAUGUCGGAUCUUGGCUCGGAAGAGGUCGAAGAGGAGGCAGAGAAUGAUUUGGGGGAAUAUGAAGGUGAACGCAAUGAAGCUGGUGAGCGACAUGGACAUGGGAAGGCCAGAUUGCCAAAUGGUGAUACCUAUGAAGGACAAUAUGCAAAUGGAAAAAGAAGUGGACAGGGGCUAUACAGAUUUAAAAAUGGUGCACGCUACACUGGGGAAUACUUUGACAAUAAAAAACAUGGCCAUGGCACCUUUAUUUAUCCUGAUGGAUCCAAAUAUGAAGGAGAAUGGGUGGAGGACCAGAGGCAUGGCAAUGGUGUGUACUAUUAUGUGAAUGGAGAUACAUACACUGGAGAGUGGUUUAAUCAUAACAGGCAUGGACAAGGUACAUAUGUCUUUUCAUUAACUGGUUCCAAAUAUGUUGGCACCUGGGUAAACGGGCAACAGGAAGGAGCUGCUGAACUUAUUCAUCUAAACCAUAGAUAUCAGGGGAAGUUUGUGAAUAAAAAUCCAACAGGUCCUGGAAAGUACAUAUUUGAUAUUGGAUGCGAACAACAUGGUGAAUAUAUUCAUGCUGACAAAGGAGAGGAAGAGGAGGAAGAAGAGGCUUUGACAUCAACUGCUCCAAAGUGGAAAGCAACAAAAAUUACCGAGUUAACACUGUGGGCACCUGAAGAGCCACUUCCUGUAAAAACGCCCACUGUAAUAAUUCAAGAACCUCUUGUAAUUGAGGAGUCAGAGACGCCAGCUGGUGAGACCCCUUUGGAAACUCCUGCUGAGGCGCCUGCAGAGGCAGCUGAGCCCACUGAAGUUACCUCACCACCAAAAGAGCCUGAGGAAGAGGAAGAGGGGGCUAAAGAAGACCAAGGAGAUCAGGCCGCUGCUGGGGCAGAAGAAAAGGAAGAGGAAGCAAAGGAAGCUGAGGGUCCACAGUAAAAGGAACAACAAAAAGAAGCGACAUACAAAGAAAGGGUGCCUGAUGUAGUCCAGGCUAAGCAAUGUUAAGUCCCAGUUAUUUCAUUUGUGAGAGUUAAGCAUGUGCUUAACUGUUUGUUCCUUGGAAAUCGCUAGGACUGAAAAUUGCUCAGUGGUGACUGGGCUGUGUUCAUGCUUUUGAAAUCAGUUUAUUAUAUCAGGAUGGUAUUCUUUUAAAAUUCUAACACCUGUUAAACUGUUUUGAAUAUAUUUUUUUGAAUGCUUGGAAUGAGUUUGGAAGCUUUUGAAUAAAAGAUGUAUGGGUCUGUUUUAUCUAUGUUA